UUUUUUCUAGACGUUUCUAGACGGGAGAGCCAGAGCUGGAUCAUGUCUCGAACGUUUGCGUUUUGCAUCGUUCGUAUAUCAGUGCGGUCGCAGUGCUGUUUCUCGUGUGUUGUGUUUGCGAAUCCCCAGCUGAAUAUAGAUUCAUUGAACGAAAGAUGUCGGUUAUCGAAGGUAUCAACUUUCCGCUGGAAGUGGGCACCAUAGAUGCGGAUUGCACAAUCUGUCAUGAGGAACUAAGCUGGGCAGUGUUCUGCCCUCGUUGCAAGCAGGGAAACUGCUUCCAGUGUUUGCAACAAUGGUUCGACCACAAGAGGGAAUGUCCAACUUGCAGACAUAUAUUCUAUAUGGUCGGUACCGAAGAGUUGCGCCAGCGAUACGGAUGUACCAAGGAUGGUAGUCUCGUGGAGUACUACUGUGAACAAUGUCUGGAGUGUUUCUGCGCAAAAUGCCGCGUGAAUCCUACAAAUGGCCACUUUAGACAUGCGGUGAGAAAGAUUGAUGUUCUUCGAAAGGAUGUCAUACAAUCAAUUCAAUCGUUGAAAAAGAAAAACAGUGUGAAGGACUUCACUGAAAAAUCUUUAGCUCAGAUUAAGACAUUAUUGCCGACAGGUAGCCCACAUGAGCUGGUCCGGCAGCGACGCGGCCUACAAUCCAUAUUGGAUCGCUUAAAGAAUGCGAUGUCCCCGGGAACGUUUGAACAAAGCAUCAAGUUGACUAACAUAAAUGCGGAAAUGCAAAUCUUCUCCGCUGCAGAUGGAAAGGGCAAUGUGUGGGAAUUGACGGUUUAUCCGAAGGGAUUCAGCGAUGCCAAAGGUAAAUUUGUAAGCCUUUAUCUGAAACUGCUUCGAGGCAUUCCGGCUCGUUAUGAGUAUUGGUUCAAAAUACUUGACAAAAAUGGGCACAAGCCAUUGGAAACUUACAACGCGGUGGACGACUUUAUUAUUGGAAGUCAGUCUUUGGCCUGUCAACGGUUGAUUCAUUUGAACGAAGCCUUUAGCAAAUGCCUCUCGAUUGAGGGCUACAACAUGGCUUUCGCCGUGAAGCCUACCAAUCCUAUAUAUGCAGAAGAAUGCGCCGCUGCAUUGUUGCAGAACAAAAUAUUACGGCUAGAUUAUAACACGUUCGCGUGGACUUUGAAAAAUUUCGCAGUCAAAAAGCACGCAAACAAGAUCGAGUUUUCCACGGUAAUGUUCGAUCGGCAGAAGAUCUCCUGGAGGCUUCGGAUUGAUUGCAAUGGACACUGGGAGCAGGGCUUGUACAUCAGCGUGUUUCUGGAGCUGCUGAAUGGCGCCAAAGGAUGGUUUGAUGUUUUUAUUAAAGUUUUCAAUCCGCUAGUUCCUACCGUGCAACAUAAACGGGAACUGACGCACCAAUUCACGGUGCACUCCAACUGGGGAGUGCCACAUUUUGUAGGCCAUGACGAACUGCAUCGUUUUUUGCACAACGAUGAGCUACGAUUUGAGUUUGGAACGCGUCCGGCUCACAUUGACCAGGAAAUUUGAUUUAUUUUGUUCUAUGCAUUUAUGCUAAUGUUCCUUUCUAUUAAUGAAGAUGUAGUAUCCUACUGACAUGAGCUAAGUAAAACUGAACUUCAUUUUUAUAAUCAAUACAUGAAUAUUCCGUAAAAUAAAUGCCUUUAUAAUACA